GUGAGUAAUCAGGGAGUGCCAGCGGACUCAACUCUAUUGCUCCUUGAGACGCCACACCAAGAACUGCUCACGGAACUCUAUUUUCGCAAUUUCCAUGGGCAUUGGCCUCUUUUGCAUCAACAGACAUUUCGAAGCACGCCGCAGCCACCAAAGAUUAUGCAAGCUGUCUUGGUUGUAGGUCUGUGGACUGCGCCCGAAACACGCUGUCAGGCGAGAAUAUUUCACGACGCAAUACUUCGACGCCUUGACAGGGAUCUUUUCAACGUCAAAAAGGGCUACGAUUUACCUCGACCUCCUCGACAAGAAUAUCUGCCGGAUCUUCAAGCCCUCACAAUUUCACUCGUUCUAGCGGUAUAUAGAGGAGCAGAUACGUUUCCGUCGUCUAUGAUUAAUAGCAAGCAUCUUUGUCAACUUUUUCAAGGAACCGGUAUUUUCGACCAGGAAAGAAUUGAUGCCGAGAAUAUUAGCCCGGUAGCUCGGGAGCAAUAUCAACGGUGCAUGCUUAGGCUCGCUCUUGUCCUCUUUAAGGUACAAGUUCAUUUAAAUUCUCUCCUGAUCAACAAUUUCCCUCAGUUCAAGCCUUUUGAGUACCUCACGCCACAGAUGCUUAAUGUCCGAGUCCCAUCGCCGGAGAAAAUAUGGGAAGGAAAUGUUAGUCAGUUAUUUGAAGGUAAUGAACGCAAUAUCUUAGUUAGAAAUAUUUUCCUAGAUUGCGUAGGAUCCGACGGCUCUAAAACCUUGUCGCUAGUGAUUGCAUGGGAUUUUACACUGGGAAUGGUCCUUGGCUGUUUCUUGACAAGGCAUCCUGAAGAGAGCUAUGUUACAUUGAUAAAUAGAACAACACCAUUUUUACUUCUUCAUAUAAAACAAUCAGAG